GGGGCUGGGGGAGUGUCACCUGGGGGAGGGGGGCGCCCCGCGCUGCUGGGGGCUCGGGCGGGGAGCGGGGUGCUGCCCCCUGACCCCCCGGGAGCAGGGGGGCCAUGAGCUCUCAGGACGAGCAGUUCCAAGCAGCAGGCCCUGAGCCAGCGGCUUCCUCCGCCGAGGAUGGCAUGACCUGGUGGUACAGGUGGCUCUGCAGGAUUGCCGGGGUCCUCGGGGGCAUGUCCUGUGCCUUCGCUGGUCUCUGGAACUGCGUCACCAUCAACCCCAUGAACAUUGCGGCCGGUGUGUGGAUGAUGCUCAACGCCUUCGUCCUGUUCCUGUGCGAAGCCCCCUUCUGCUGCCAGUUCAUCGAGUUUGCGAACGCCGUCUCUGCGAGGGCGGACAAGCUGCAGCCCUGGCAGAAAGCUGCUUUCUACUGCGGGAUGGCCGUGUUCCCGGUCGUGCUCAGCCUGACCUUGACCACGCUCUUUGGAAAUGCCAUUGCGUUUGCCACUGGCGUGCUUUAUGGCCUGUCAGCGCUCGGCAAAAAGGGAGAUGCCAUUUCCUACGCUCGGAUCCACCAGCAGCAGAAGCAAAUGGAUGAAGAGAAGCUCACAGGGACCCUGGAGGGACAGCCUCUCUGAAGCACGUGAGCUCAGGGUAUCCUCUCCUGGACACUGAGAUGGUGAAGAUCCAGAAUUCCACUCUGCCCUUUCCCUUCUCUGUUACACCACAAUUUCCCUGGACACUGCAGCAACUGGAAAUCUCAGGGGCUGGGCCAGGCUGUGCCCUCUUCUCACACCAGCAGCCAGACCUCAGUGCAUUGGCCCCUCUCUCCUUCUCAACCCUCAACCAAAUAUCUCUCAGUUCUCCUACUUUUUAAUUUUUAUGGUUUUUUUUUUUCUGCAGAGGUGCUGGCUCUUUGAGUGCUGCUUUACAAGCCUGACUAGGUAGCCUUUCUUUGGAGUGAUGCCUGAUAACGAGCUGAGGAUGCAGUGCUCACUGGGGAACUGCUCUCCAGAUGGGGUGAGGAGCGACAGAGCUGAUGUGCCAGCUCCUUGCCUGCGCUGGUCUCCUCGGAGUCAGGGACCUGCUGGCCUCAUGCCUGGGGGUAACCUGCCAUUGCACGUUACACCUUUUGAGUAACGCUCUCUGGUGUGGCCCUUCCCAGCUAGAAUACACUAAUCCAAGGUUUAACAAUACAUGGUGAUACUCAAGCUUGAUCUUCUUCCAUUGAGUGUAUUUUAAUAUGGGUCCAGCUAGGCCAGGCAUCGGAGGCAUCGCUGCAUGGGAAAGGACUGCCAGCAAAAAAACCAUCUACAGACAGAAACUGUCUCUGCAGGGGAGCUGCCAGAGGUGCUGGGGCAGAUCCUGGUACCUACAAAGCACAGUCCCCGCUUCCUCUGGACGCAGCUGCAGGCAGUUACUGCAAUUUACUUGAAUUAUAAGAAUUAACUACUUUGUCUUAAUAAGGGUACUUUUCUUAAACUUCACUCUUCUACUGGGGAAGAAGGAAAAUAAGGUUUGCUUUACCUCAGCAAAAAAAAUGUACUAUUGCUUGAGCCAAGUGGGAUUUUUUUUGCUGGUGUAAGGGUUACUGAUGUGCAAAAGCAUCCUUCUCUGGUGAGCCUGGGACUCUGCUCUGGUAUCUCACUCCCCAAAUCUGCUCCUGCUCCUGUGACCCAUCCCUCCGUGCAAGGGACCUGCUUUCUGCCUCUGUCUGGUGCAGCCUUUCUGUUUGGGCUCAUGUUCUUUUUGCAUCAGUCCUGGGCUGGUUUUAUAUGGGAAGGUGGCAUAUCCUUCCUUUGCAAACAGAGAGAAAUCUGCACCAUUUCAGUGCGGACAGCUGGGAUGUCUUACUUCUUUAUUCCAGUCUCCAUCAGUGGUUUUUGCAUCGUAUUUUCUGUUUGCUUUGUAUCAUGCAGAACAAAACUGCUUGCUAAGUCCAGAUCCCCCUCGUCAUGGUUUCUUCUGAGGGUUUUAAUUUAUUUGACUUUACAUGAUUGCUUUUCGUUUUGAUUAGUAAAAAGGAGAAUAAUUUAUUUCUAGUUAUUUAAGUAUUUUGAUGGGACUCGUUUUCUCUGGACGUAGGAGAAAGCAGUGCUCUCUUUCCUGUCCUUCAAAGGACUGCCUCCAUUCACUGGGGGGGGUCUCUCUGAACCCAGGGAGAGCCCUGGCUGCUCUAACUGGGAUGCUGUAACUGGGAUGCCGUAAAAUCCCAUUUCAACCUUCAGAGUGUUUCUCAUACUUUUGGAAAGUGGAUUGUCCUUUCACCCCUUUGUUUUCUUCUGGGCCACUGACUUGACAGUUUGUUUUCCCUCUCCUGGGAGAGAGAAGGGAGGAAAACUGGGCUGUAAGUGCUGGGCUGGAGGUUUGUACUCUCAUUCAGCAGCCCUGGGAGCUGAGCUCUUGCUGCCACCAACGCUCUGUGGUCCCAUUUGAAUCACUGGGGUACCAGAGGGGUCAUGCUGUGGUCUGAGAAACGCUGCUGGAGGCCGAGUGCUGUCUGUCAGCUGCUGGAAACUAUCUGUAUAACCUGUCCUUCCUCUGGGUACGGGUGUCUGUAUUCUCC